CCUACCCAAAGUGAUGGUGGUAUCUUCGUAGUUUCCGAAACUCAGGAGGUCGAUUCUAUACUUCCUUGUGCUUUAUAUUAUAUUUGGGCUCCUAGGGUUUCCGCACCAGAGGCAGAGGAGGAGGAGGCAGCGCCAUCACUAUCAACAUCAGCAGCCAUGGUUCUCAAGACUGAACUUUGUCGGUUUAGUGGUGCCAAGAUAUACCCAGGGAGAGGCAUCAGAUUUAUUCGUUCUGAUUCUCAGGUGUUCUUGUUUGCCAAUUCCAAAUGCAAGAGGUACUUCCACAAUCGCCUGAAGCCAUCUAAGCUGACCUGGACAGCCAUGUACAGGAAGCAGCAUAAGAAGGAUAUUGCCCAAGAGGCAGUGAGGAAGAGGAGACGUGCCACAAAGAAACCUUAUUCUAGGUCUAUUGUUGGUGCCACCUUGGAGGUUAUCCAAAAGAGAAGAGCUGAGAAGCCAGAAGUUCGUGAUGCCGCAAGGGAAGCUGCGCUUCGCGAGAUCAAGGAAAGAAUCAAGAAAACCAAAGAUGAAAAGAAAGCCAAGAAGGCUGAAGUAGUGGCCAAGUCACAGAAGGGCAAGGGUAACGUUUCGAAGGGAGCCGCACCGAAGGGUCCAAAGCUUGGUGGUGGUGGUGGGAAGCGCUGAACAUUUGUAACUGCCUCAUCGUCUAUUCAUUACAACUCUUAUGUACUAGAUAGGUGAUAUUUUGUAGUUUCACGUCAAAAAUGGUUUGUAAGGAUUUGAUAGGCCUUCUUUUGUAGGUUGGCCAAAGAGAUUUUGUUUUUGUGGUUUUUUAGUUUUGGAAUUUUUUGUACUUUUGUUAUCUUAUUUCCAGGAUAUGCGAGAUGAGUACAUUUAUAUUUCUUGGCCCUUGAUGAAGAGGCUGCAAUUACCAUCACCAUCCCAUAUAAAAGGUGGCUUUUAUGUUUAAA